GGUGCCCCCAGCAGCCUCGUUCGGCCGCUGUCCCCAUCCCCGCUCCGUGAGGCGAGGGGGGACCUCCUGAACGAAGGGGGCUGGGCCUGGCGUCAGCCAGCGGCCCUCGCUCCCCUUGCAGUCGGCCUCACCUUUUCUCUUCCAGGUGCUGUGGAGCUCUGGGAGCUGGAUGAAAACGAAACCCUCAUAGUGAAUAAAUUCUGUAAAUAUGAGCACGAUGACAUGGUGAUGACAGUGAGUGUUCUUGCUAACAGCACCCAGGCUGUCAGCGGCAGCAGAGACUUCUGUGUGAAAGUUUGGGACCUCCCACAGCAAACUGUGCUGCACUCCUACAGAGCUCACUCCGGUUCAGUGACAUGUGUGGCUUCCUGUCCUGGUAAGGACACUGUGUUCCUGUCCUGUGCUGAGGACAGCAGAACUUUACUCUGGGACACCAGAUGCCCCAAACCAGCUACUCGAAUUGUUUGCAGUGCCUGUAGUUACCUCCCUACCUCAGUCAUGUGGCAUCCACAGAAAAGUGACAUCUUUGCUUUAGGUGAUGAAAAUGGGACAGUUGCACUAGUAGACACGAAGAAGCCUGAUUCUGCCCUCAGCUCCACUGUGCACUCCCGAAGUAUCACAGGGUUUGCGUUUUCUACACAUAGUUCACCCUUCCUGGCUUCAAUCAGUGAAGACUGUUCAGUAGCUGUUCUUGACUCAAACCUUUCAGAGGUGUUCAGAAGCCGUUCUCAUCGAGACUUUGUAAAAGGCUUAUCGUGGUCUCCUUCAGACAAUGCCUUGCUCACUACAGUUGGAUGGGAUCAUCAGGUUUUACAUCACAGUGUACCACUACCAACUGGUGAAGCUUCUGGAAUCAACUGUGUAAAAGAAUAGUUUUUAUAAACUCAUUGGUCCACAUUCCCUCCUGGUGUUACUUUGAUUCUGCUGAAGUCAAAGGUGUUUGUGAACCAGACUGGGUAUGGUCUGUUGUCUGCCUUCAAGCCUGUGGCCAAGAAGGUUCCUGUAGUAAUUUUGAAUUAGGUGUGAGUUCAUUACAGAACAGGCUUUACCCUCUCCUCAGCAGUCUGGCUUCACCUGUGAUCAGACUUCAGUAUAUUGCACAGAAAAAUAUUGACUUCAGGCACAGAGGAGUCUUGGACAGACAAGCAAUUAAGGGUAGUUUAAAAAUUAUUCUUCCCUCUGUUCUUCAAAUAAUAGGAUCAAAUUACUUGGAGAGGCUUUAAAAAAACCCUCUUGCCAUAACAAGCUGUAUGUGAGGGCCUUACCUGCACAAAGCCUUUUGCUAUGGGCAGAUUAAGACCAGCCUAAAUUAAUCCUUCCAGCUAAGCAAGAAAACUUGCCAUAGCAUUGGAAGAGUGGAAAGGCUCUACUGUUGUCUUUAACGGGGCAUGCAGAGAGAGGGUUGGUCUUAGCUGUCUGCUGGGGGGAUGCCACAGUAAGCACUGUCUGUGCGCUUCUGGUCUGUUGAUGCAUGUCCAAGAAUACCAGCACUCGGCAGGAGGAAUCUUGGACCCUGUCUGAUAAGGCUCCAGAACGUGGCCCUGUGUUUAAGCACCUUUGUAUUUCAGUGUCCCAGACACUGAAGUACUAGGACCUGCAAUGUUCUAUGAGGCCAGUUCAAGGGUGCUGUUCUGCAGAAUGCUGAAAGCCAAGAGAAGUUAGCAGUUGCUGCACUGUUUGACACUGUUUCCACUCCUCUGUGCUGAAGACAAUUUAUUCAACUAUAAAGACUUUUGAACAAGAGCUUAAAAGGGAAAAACUGGACUAAGGACUUCAAUUUUCAUUUGUUUGUUCCUAUAACCAGACUCAGCUUAGUGAUAUAAAAAGACAACUCACUAUGCAGUUGUGAUGAGUGGCAUUUUGUGCUGAAGAUGGGGCAGGGGAGUCCCAAACAUUCUCAUAAUCUCCUAAACUGACUGCACAAUACCUUAGCGGUGUUUUUUUUGUAAUGUACCCCUUUAACUUUUCUGACUAAACUGUUUCCCUGGAACACAGUAUACAGUUGCUCUGCAUGCAUUGCCAUUGCCCUAGGUCUGGCUUGGUCAGAGCUAACAUGCCCUAGACCAAUAAAAGUGGGUCCUGACUAGCAAACCACCAACAAAAAGCUAUUACAGUGAAUCCUAACUGUUUAUUUAGCAUGCUAGCAACACUAAAUAAGCCACUUUGUGUGCUCAUUUCUGAAAAAAAAAAAAACCUUUAUUUUAAAAGAUCCAAAUUAUGCAGCACCCACAAUUAAGUUUCAGGCUGAUUAAGCUUUUCCAGUCUUUGUAUUGUUCUCAUGCUCUUUUUAAACCUAGUUUGCUCUUUUGAAUGCCAACAUCAUUCAGUUGUUCACAGAACAAAGUUCCUGAUCUCAGGCACUGUGUUAUAAGGCAAGGUAAAUGGUUAUAAAAACUGACAGAUUUCCUCAAACUACCCUUCUACAACAAGAAAAAGAAAAUGGUUACCUGUUACGGAUCUCUGAUAGCAUACUGAAGCAGAUCUUGUGCUGUUUGUGAAACGGAUGGAUGUCUGAAAAAACGGCAGUUUUUAAAUAAAUCAUAGUUUUCAUUUGUAACUGGAUGUAAGUUUUACUCUGCCACGUCUGUAGUAUUUUUCACCUUAUGUUCAAUCCCAAAGCUUGUAUCUGGGUCAUAGGAUGCAUGUUAUGUAUUGCAUCUCAAUUUUAAUAUGCCAGAGGCUA